ACACACAGUCCCCGGUGUCCGCGUGCAGGAGUGCGAGUGAAUGCAUCAGCGCUGCUGAAGAAUGAGAGCGAUUCUAAAGAACGGAAGUGGAUCGACCAUUUUGAAACCCCGCACCGCUUAGCACAAUGGAUAAGGGCCAAACGAUAAAGCUCUUCGUAGGAAAUCUGGCCCUGGACACCACCCAAGAAGAACUGUCAGCCAUCUUUGAGUCGUAUGGCCAGGUGGUUAGCUGCAGCGUCUUGAGACAGUUUGCUUUCGUACACCUGCAAGGAGAGGGUGCUGCUGAACGUGCCAUCCGGGAGCUCAAUGGCCGAGAGUUCAAAGGACGUAACCUUGUGGUCGAGGAGUCCCGAGGACGCCCGCUCCACUCGACAAAGGUGUUUGUGGGUAAUCUGAGUAGUAUGUGCACCACAGAAGAUCUUCGGGAGCUGUUUCAGACCUUUGGGAAAGUUUUGGAGUGCGAUAAGGUGAAAGGAUUACUAGAAAAUAACAGGCAGAUGUGUCGGAGCAACAUAGCUAUCCAGGGACAAGGUUAUGCCUUUGUGCACAUGGAGAACAAGGAGGAUGCACUGCAGGCUCAUCGCCAUGGCAACACCCCGCGUGUAUGA